CUAUACAAUGCUUUGAUUCGCACACAUCAUAUCACGUCACGCAAGAAGGUCGCAAAACUGCGCGCAGCAGCUUCAAAUCACAACGUCUACGCUUUACUCCGCUAUGGAGGAUGUCCGGGUGUGAUGUACUGUCAAGGCUCUGAGCCUGGAGUGCGGGACUGGGUUGCAGAUGUUCAGAGAUUGCGCUAUAAGGACUUUCAGCUGGCGAAGAAGCCUGCAGUGAAGCAAGUGGAAGGUCAGGCCAAUAACAGCAAGGUACCUUAUGGAAAGCUAGAAGAAAUGGAUACUGUGAAGGAGUUUGGGGCACAGAUGGAGAGCUUUGGUGUCUGGACCUGGUGGAGAGUUGGCAUGGGCUAC